CCUGCGCCCUCCUCCUGGCAGGCGCUGACGGUGGCGACGCUGUUCCCGCUGGGCGGGCUGCUGCUGGUGCUGUCCGGGCUGGCGCUGGCGGGCACCGUGGUGGGGCUGGCCGUGGCCACGCCGGUGUUCCUGCUCUUCAGCCCCGUGCUGGUCCCGGCCGCGCUCACCAUCGGCCUGGCCGUCACCGGGUUCCUCACCUCCGGCGCGCUGGGGCUGGGCGGCCUCUCCUCGCUCACCGUGCUCGCCAACACGGCGCGCCAGGCGUUCCAGCGCACCCCGGACUACGUGGAGGAGGCGCGCCAGCGCAUGGCCGACGCUGCCGCGGCCGCGGGGCACAAGACGCAGCAGGCCGGCCACGCCAUCCAGAGCCGCGCGGAGGAGGCGCGCGCCGGAGGAGGAGGCGGCCACACCGGCGCCACCGGCGGAGCGGGCGCCGGCACCGGCACCAGGGCGUCGUCGUAAGCCGGAGCCAGCAGGCCGAUGUCAGUCCGCCGCGCCGCGCAGCAGGGCGCGCGUCGUCUAGCUACUACCUGCUCUAUGUGUGCUAGCGCCUUCGUACGUGUCUACACGAGCGAGUGUGUGUGCGUUCGUGCGUGUCAGUGUGUGUGUGUGAUGUUUCUACUGUUUUAGUACUGCUCGUGUUCGUCCGAUCGAUCGGUUUAGUACCGAGUUGUGAAUAAGAAAAGGCCCGGGCCGCUUCGUCUGUC